CGUGACGUUGUCGGAUGCGCUCGUCAAACCUGGCAAACUCCAGAACUCGGAUUCUCCAAGGAGUUGAGUCAGAUGACCGAUCGACUAAGCUGACCGAAGCGGAACUCCUAUCCGAAAAGACAAAUACUCAUGUGAGCUAGGCGCUACUCUCGAGAAUGUCGUCCAAGAUAAAAACGACCUCAGGUCCUCUGAGAUCGCCUGUGACCACUCGAGCGUUCCUCACGCUCCAGCGUGUCGAUGUCGAAGCCUUGGUUACGUUCCCCGAGUGGGAAUUACGUCCCCUUCUGCCUUGUCUCGUUCGCAUGGCAUUGUGCUCUCCAUUGGAUCAGAGACCGGACUGGGCCCUGAAAAAAGAAACAAUCCUCCGUGUUCUUUCGGGAAUCGAAAGCGUCAACGCAAUCGUCGCUCUUCUGAGUAUCGACUUCCAUCUACUCGAGGUGGAUGUUCGGAAAGAGCAGAUGCUCCGGAACAAAGCGGGACCCUCGGCGGAAAGCGUAUUAGUUACUCCCUUCAACAACGCCAUAUCGUUGGAGUUCGAGAGGAGCGAUGCCGCAAGACGGCUCCGACUUGUUCUCAGUCAGCUGAUCGUCCUCAUGGGAUCCUCCAGACCCGAAAAAUCCAGUGAUCUCUUCUCCAUGGACAUAUAUGUCGACGAGGUUGCCGACGUGCUUUGUAUAGCUCAUGCAGAGCUCCCAGGCAUCCUAAACGUGACCGAUAUGGCUGAAGCUCUCCUGUAUGUUCGCAAUGGUGCAGCCUUCAUCACCAGAGUGGUGUCUAAUUCACCGGAGAGUUUCCUUGAAGUUGCCUACCACCUGAUCGCCAAUGCGAACGAUCGCGUGGACAACAGCGAACGGAGAGUCGAUUGCCUAGCUCAGCUGUGUCGGAUGAACCCCGUCGAGGCUUUGCAGGUUCGGGCUCGAGCCGUGGAAAUGUGCCGGAUGCCGGAGCUCUGUGUACGUCUGACGCUUGAGCAGCCAGACAAACAAUCGGAUCUGGUGGCCUUCAUCUCCGGACUCCUCCUCGGAUCGGAUGAGAAAGUGCGCAAUUGGUUCGGGACCUACGUGCGAACACAUCAGAAACGAUUCGAACCGACGGCUCUAUCGAUGAUGAGGACGAAACUACUCCAGAAGCUCAGUUCGGUUAUCUUCUACACGCCGGAAUACCACAAACUGGCCGAGACGGCGGUCGUCGAAGUAAAUGCGCUCCUCCGCUUGUACUCGGCACUGAAGGUUGCCGGAAUGAAAUUCUCUGACGACGAAAACUCAACCCUCCUGCAAGUGAUAACUUCACGAACAGAACCAACGCCCGCCGGGGUUAGAUUCAUUUGUCUUUCGGUCAGCAUGCUUCUGGCCUGUCCAAACUUGAUUGCGAGCCAAGAUUUCGAGCGUCAAGCUCUUGAGUACCUACGGUAUCUUGUCAGUCAGGCCCAUGAGGGAGUGGCCGAAUUGUUGCUCCUCAUCGCGAUCCAUUUUCACGCGAAUCAACUCAACGCAAUCGCCGAACUCGUGUGCACAACACUGUCGAUGCGGCUCGCGGUUCGACCGAACAGUUUGGCGAAGAUGCGCAAUCUCUUCGUGCAAGAACUCUUCACAGAACAAGUGGUCACUGCGCACGCGGUCAGAGUACCGGUGACUCCGAAGCUAAACGCGGACAUGAGUGGCUUCCUCCCGGUCCACUGCGUCUAUCAGCUACUGAAAAGUCGUUCGUUCACGAAGCAGAAAGUUUCCAUCAAGAACUGGGUCUACAGCCAGAUCAUCGAGGCCACCACGCCUCUCCACCCGAUCCUACCGUCUUUGCUCGAAGUUUACGUACAUUCCGUGCUCGGACCUGUUGAAAGCACGCACCAACCGCUGACGGAUGGCGAGAUCAUCGCAGCCACUCAGACAGACGAGACCUUACCAUCGAUGCUGAUGCUGUAUUACCUUUUGCUCUACGAAGAUGUGCGCCUCGCCAACAUACGCAGUUUGUCGAAGGGCAGGAAAGUGAAAAUCUAUAGCGCGGAUCUUAUUACUCGGCUGCCGAUCAGGUACCUAGUUCAGAAGACUCAGCAGGAACAGAAAAAGUACGCAGGCCUCUUCGCGCCUCUCCUCAGACUUCUCGCUCAUCAAUUCCCGCACCUGUGUAUGACCGAGGACUGGCUCCUCAGCGAGACUGGGAAUACAUCUCUGAAGCCGAACCUCGAUAACGAUGCUUCCCUUUCACAGAAGGACAAAGCGAUCGAACCCGCCUCCCUGACUGAGUCCUUGACGAAAGUCGUCUCUUGUCCGGUCGGGGUCACAUCGAAGCUCGACGUCAUUCUCACUCUGGACCUCUGCGAGCUUUGGCCUUUCGCGGAGACGAUAGUGUCGAGCUUACCUCACCUGCUGCAGCCUGAUGUUCCUCGGCAGGUUAUUGAUCGGGCGAAAGCUGUUUGGUUCCGUCUGAACCAAGUUUAUCCCAGAAAACUCUGGGUUUUGACCGUCAACGCCUUCCGGCCCACCGAGAAGGUGUCUCUAGACGAACUGAUCAUGGAUCCCCUCCAUGUACUUCGCUGUGAGCCCAAAGUUCUUCAAUGCCCGGCGACACUUGAAAUUGUGCUCCAUAUGUUGAGGGCACUUCUCGCUGCGUCUCGCACUCAGCUCAGUAUGCACAUAUUGGAAAAUUGCGUUCCCGACACUCCGGGAGCAACCGACCAAGAGGAACUGCGCAUUGCACUCAUCGCCGCGCAGGAGAGUGCCGCUGUGCAGAUUUUGCUUGAGAUCUGCCUCCUCCGAUCAGACGACGGAGGUCUCCUAUCAACGAUGCGGGAGUGCCGGACCCUGGUUUGCUCACAGCUGCAUCAGAUGUUCAUAGCGGACCCUCAGCUCGUCCAUCUUGUGCACUAUCAAGGCUAUCCCGCCCCAUUGUUACCCAUGACCGUUUCACUCAUUCCGUCGAUGCAUAUCUGUUUAGAUUUCAUUCCGGAGCUCCUGGCGCAGGCCCAUCUCGAGAAACAGGUCUUCGCAAUCGAGCUAGCAUCGUACUUGUGUCUCCAACACGCGAUACCCCGGUCGUUAUCAAUCGCCCGGCUCUGUAUAACUGUAGUCAAUACCCUGAUCGGCGUCCUUCCAUCUUCGAGGCGGCCUCAAUUGUUCAUUCCGGCUCUCCCGUCGUUGGUUCGAAUGUGUCGAGCCUUCCCGCCGCUCUCAGAGGAUGUCGCAAUUUUGCUGCUCCAGCUUGCCAAAGUUUGUCAUUCCCAAGAGAGCACGAAAGCCUUGCCAGAUAUCGGUGAAGAGGACGAACAUCGUGAACUCUGCCGCAUAAUUCAGAAAUCAUUCGCUGAUCUGGGAACGUCGAACUCGCAGCAAAAUUCGAGCAUCUAUUGACAUGAUCGGUA